UUCAUUUUAGAUUGAAAUUAAUGGAGAGUAUUUAACUCUUACUUUGAAGAAAAACGUACUAAAUCUCAUUUUAAAUUAGAAAUUUGUCUAUAUUCUACUUCUAUUUUGAGUGAAUUCUUUAUAUAAACCAAAUAUUUAACAUUUGGAUGCACGUGUGCGCACAGUCAUUCCAAAAGGCAUGGGCAGCUGCUUGUGGAGCAGGGUCCCCACUGGUGGUACCCGUUGGAAUGACCUGCCUUGUCGGUGAGAUAACAUUGGAAGGGCCAUGUGGAAAAGGCUUUGCAUUUCAGGUAAAUGGCGUAAUCACUGCUCCGCCUCAUGGCUCGUCACUAUGGACCGGUAGUCUUCAAUGGUUCAAUAUUAAAGGUGUGGAAGGGUUUACAUUGAGUGGUACCGGAGGCUUUGAUGGUAAUGGAGCAACAGGCUGGUAUACUGCGUCAGGGACCAAGCCAACAGCUGUCCGGUUUUACGGAUCGACCGAUGUAACAGUAACUGGAAUCCAAAUAAAGAACAGCCCUCAGGCGCACCUCAAGUUUAAUGGUUGCACCGGUGUCACUGUCAGCAAUAUUAAAAUUACUUCACCUGGGGACAGCCCCAACACAGAUGGAAUUCACCUACAGAACACCAAGACCGUUACCAUUACAGGCACAACUAUAGCAUGUGGUACGUGCGUGCGUAGAUAUAUAGAUGCAUACUCGAUCAUGCACGCAUAUAAUAAUUAAUCAUCAUCUGAUGCAUGUAUGUGCAUGCAUGCAUUGCAGGAGACGACUGCGUAUCCAUACAAACGGGAUGCAGCGGUGUCGAUAUAUCGAAGUUGACAUGUGGACCUGGUCAUGGAGUUAGCAUUGGAGGGCUUGGUAAGGGUGGUACUCAAGCAUGUGUCUCAAACAUCAAAGUUAG